AUGGACUGGUUCACGGAUCCUGUUGCCUCCCGGGGUGCUGGCGACUUGUCCAGUCUCCAGUCGCAGCAGCUUGCGGGAGAUCAAGUUUUGCGUCACAACCAACGUCAAACUGCUCAAUCUGAAUCCCAGAAACUUUGUUCAGACCCAUACCGCAACGAUGAGAAGCUGGCAAUCUCGACCACAGUCAAUGACAACGAUGAUGAGCUCAUCACCCUAGACGAAGCCAACGACGUUAAUGAUCUUAUGGUCAUCAAAGUCCAGCCAGUACCGAAGCCCACGGUUGUAGUCGACGCAAGAGAUCCCACAUCCAAUGGAGCGCUGGUUCUGAAGCCAGGCUGCGGUGUCGAGCUGGAAGACCACUCGUUCCUCACAAUAACGGAAACAAUUACAUCUUCGUCAUCCACAAGAUAUAUCAGAGGUCAUAGACUCUUGUUGCAAAACCACUGUGAACUACUCAUGCCGGAGCGUCAUCACGAACUGGUGCAGCUGGUCAAUAUUGACAAGGAACUCAACACGGAGGUUGCGCUAUGGACAGUCCCGAUCGAUGCGGCCGUCAGAAACUGCAAGAUCAUCUACACCAAUCAGCAGUACGAGGAACUGAACUACCAGAAAGACAUUCAACCUGGUAGUUCUGACGAAGACGACAAGCACAUCUACUUCUGCCGUUACACCAGUGGGCAUACCAAUGUCGGAAUAGACGGACACAAGCCGUCAGGCCCGCCAAAAACUGGGAGAAUUGAGCAUCUACGGUCUCAUCAAGCAGAUGGUGGUACAUUGAUCACAAGAGGUGGCCAGCACAUUCAACUCCGAAUCCCAGACGCACAGGUCAGAAAGCAAUGGCGAGGAGAAGUAGAUUGCGUUCUUGGUGGUAGCCAUGUUGAGCAAUACGACGGCAUGGAGAUGAAGAGGUACACAUUUGGAGAUGCAUUUGCCGGCGCGGGCGGUACUUCUUGGGGCGCACGCGCUGCUGGUCUCAAGAUGAAGUUUGCUUUUGACCUCGAUCCCUGGGCUGUUCAAACAUACCAGCAGAACUUCGGUCUCACAGGAAUGCAGAUCCUCCAAAUGGAUGUUCACGAUUUCGUCAAGAAAGCCGCAUUGGCAGGCAGCGACAUGGCAAAGACAUGUCUGGUAGAUAUCCUACACAUGAGUCCACCGUGCCAGCCAUUCUGCGGAGCCAACCGAAGACCAAACUUGGCAGAUAACGAAAGAAACCUCGGUGCGUUCGGCAGAGUCGCCGACUUGCUCGACGUCUGCAAGCCUCGCAUCGCCACAUUGGAGGAGUCAAAGAGUAUUACUGAUGUGGAUAAGAGAAAACACUUCACGGAGCUGAUAGGCUUCUUCAUUCAGAAGGGCUACAGUGUGCAAUGGAAGGUCUUGGACCUGGAGUGCUGGGGUGUGCCACAGACGAGGAAGCGAGUGAUUCUCAUCGCGUCAGGGCCCGGCGAGAAACUCCCAACCUUGCUCAAGCCUACACAUGGUCGCGGGCCAGGACUCGAGAAACUGCCGGGAAUUGGGACUGCAAUCAGAAAUAUUCCCGACAACGCGCUUCAUCACGACGAAAUACCUCGAAUGGAGGGACCCAAGCCCGGAUAUGACGACGAUAGGCUGUGUCCUACCAUAAUGACAAAGGCAAAGGCCAAACAUUACCAUCCCGAUGGCCACCGACGCUUCAGCGUCCGCGAACACGCAGCCUUGCAGACUUUUCCGCAUUUCUUCGUCUUCUGUGGUCCGACGGUCGAGAAAAUGAAGCAGGUGGGAAACGCAGUUCCACCUGUGUUUUCCGAGAAGAUGUUCAGGGAUUUGACGCAGCAGUUGUUGGCAUUUGACCUGGCGGAGCUGGCCGAGCUGAGCAGGGCAGCAAACGGCUCGAAAGAUUGGUGA